GCAGGGGUGGACUGACCAUUCGAGCACUCAGGCACUGCCCGAGAGCCCGGGGUCAGAAGGGGGCCCAAUGAGAUGCUCUUGGUACCUUUUUCAUUGGCUUUUUCAUAUUUUUUGGGUGUGGGUGAGGACACAGGGGCCCCAUGAUCCCCUAUUGCCCGGGGGGCCCUUGAGUUGUCAGUCCGCCCGUGAUCUGAAGGUCUCCUUGACGGAGCAUCAGAAGAGUAUAAAUUCUUCAUGCUUUGGGAUUACCACUGCCACAUUAAUGCCCCUGGUACCUUUUUCAUAGUCUUUUUUGAGUUUGGGCAAGGACACAGGGGCCCCAUGUUCCCCUAUUGCCCAGGGGCCCCAU